AUGAGCGCGCAAAAGGAUCCCCCGCCUGAGAAGGCGCUGGAUGCGCCCGCCAACGAUAUCAGCGGAACGGAGAGCCCUUCCGAGGUUGAGCUGGAGGAGGAUGCCGUCAACGAGAAGUCGCUGUUGAGGAGACUUGAUUUCAAGCUUUUGCCGGCCGUCGGCAUUCUGUACUUGCUUUCGUUCCUCGACCGAUCCAAUGUGGGCAAUGCUCGAAUUGAGGGCCUCACGGAUGAUCUUCACAUGAGUGGAAACCAGUAUCUGACUGGUCUGACUCUCUACUUCAUCGGCUACGUACUCUUUGAAAUUCCGUGCAACAUCAUCCUGAAAAGGACCACCCCGCGAUUCUGGCUCCCGACGUUGACAAUCGCAUGGGGCAUCGUCGCGACGCUGAUGGGCAUCGUAACCAACAUGGCCGGGUUCUUCGUCGCUCGCUUCUUCCUCGGUGUCACUGAGAGUGGUCUCUUCCCCGGCGUGGUGUACUACUUUUCAAUGUGGUACAAACGUCGCGAGAGGCAGUUUCGCAUCUCUCUCUUCUUCAGCGCCGCCUCGCUCGCCGGCGCUUUCGGCGGUAUCCUGGCAUGGGGCAUCGGACACAUGCGGGUCGUAUGGGACAAUGGCUGGAGAUGGAUCUUCAUCCUGGAAGGUAUCGCAACCGUGCUCAUUGCGUUUGGCGCAUACUGGUUCAUCCAGAACUACCCCGACACCGCCCAGUUUGUGUCUGAAAAGGAACGCCGCUUCAUCAGAGCCAGGCUCGCCUCCGACAGCGACGCCACGCACAAUGAAAAAUUUUCGUGGAGCAACGUGAUGGAUGCUAUCAAGGACCCAAAGUGCUGGCUGUACGGUCUCGGCUUUCACACCAUGAGCUUGCCGCUGUACACGUUUUCUCUGUUCAUCCCUACAAUCAUCAAGAACCUGGGAUACACCGCGGCAGUCGCCCAACUGCUAACCAUUCCCCCUUACGCUCUCGCCUUCGUCACAACCUUGACUGUCGCGAUCUACUCUGAACGCACCGGCCGCCGCGCCUUCUUCAUCAUGGGAUCGUCGGCCGUCGCAGCAAUCGGCUACAUCAUCCUCCUAGCCAACUCCGAUCCCGCCCGCAAACCGGGCGUCUCGUACCUCGGAACCUUUUUCGCCGCCGCGGGCAUCUACCCGGCCACCGCCCUCGUGCUCUCCUGGCCCGCUAUAAACGUCUCUGGGCAGACGAAGCGCGCGGUGGGCAACGCCAUGCAAAUCACCAUUGGUAAUCUGGGCGCUGUGCUGGGUACGCAAUUGUAUCGCGCCAAUGAUGGACCGAGGUACAUUGUCGGCCACUCCUUUGCGUUGGGGUAUCUUUUGGCGAAUAUUAUUGUCUGUGGAAUCUUGUACUUUGUGUUGAAGGGUGAGAAUAAGAGGCGCGAGGCGAUUGCGCCCGAAGUUCAGGCGAUUGGGGAUUUGGAGGAUUGGCCUGGCGACAAGGAUCCUCGAUGGAGGUUCCAGUACUAG